UGAACGAACAUUACCUCUUGCAUAACAAACGUCAAACGAAUUAUCAGCUGCCGGUUUAUUUUCAACUUUUACUAACAAUUGUGCAACUAACUUUUUUUUCUUAUAAGAUGUUUCUCGCACGUCAAGGAUUCGCAAGAUCUCUUGCUGCUUUUGGUACUCGGGCAAAACAUACUUUGCCGGAAAUGCCUUACGAUUAUGCUGCUCUUGAGCCUGUCAUUUGUCGUGAGAUAAUGGAAUUGCAUCACUCGAAACAUCAUCAAGCAUACGUCACGAAUUACAAUGCAGCUGCUGAACAAUUGCAAGAAGCUGUUGCGAAAAACGACACUUCGAAGAUCAUCUCGUUAGGACAAGCUUUGAAGUUUAACGGCGGAGGUCAUUUGAAUCAUUCGAUUUUUUGGCAUAAUUUGUCGCCCAACAAGAGCGACCCAUCAGCAGAUCUGAAAGCUGCUAUUGAACGUGAUUUCAAAGGUUUGGAAAAUUUGAAGAAAGAAUUGAAAGUUGCUGCUGUUGGAGUUCAAGGAAGCGGAUGGGCAUGGUUGGGAUACAACAAAAAAACGGGACAUUUGCAAGUUGCUCAAUGCGCGAAUCAAGAUCCGCUUGAAGCAACUACAGGAUUAGUCCCGUUGUUUGGUAUCGAUGUUUGGGAACACGCGUACUAUUUGCAAUACAAGAAUUUGAGACCAAAUUACGUUGAUGCUAUUUGGGAUAUUGUCAACUGGAAAGAUGUUAGCGAACGUCUCCAAAAGGCAAAGUAAAGACAUGAAAAUGAAGAAAUGGCAAAGUUGGAAUAAAUAGAUUUUGAACUUUUAUUUCGACGCAAA